GCCAAGAACAAGCGCACCGCCUUCAGUCGUACGAUGUGGCCAACACUGCUGUUCGCGGCUCCGUGUCUUGGCUCGCCCAUGGAUGGUUUUCUCCGGCCCGUGUUUGGCUCCGCCUGCCUCCCGCUCGACGUGCGCUCGUUUCUCACGAGUGACAUCCGAGAGGCGGUGACGCAGCAGUGCGCCUCGCUCGUCGAGGGCCGCGGCACGCGCGUCUGCUCCGCCGAGUGCCGCGACGCCGUCCUCGCGUUCCGCGGGCACCGCUGCUACUCCCACCUCUCCCAGUCGCAGAGGCUGCAGCCUCGCACCGCGGCGCCGCUUCACCCGCGCGCUGCAAACUCAAAGACGCUGGCGGCGCUGCAGGGGAUCUGGUACGGUCUAUACCCUGCGAGCGGGAUCGACCUUGUCGAGGCGAGGCUCGACGCAGCCGCCGGCACGCUCUCCGCGACCAAGCUGACCGGGAACGAGUUUGUGCGAGCCGGCCGCGUGAGCUGGGAGGUGGGUCCGGGCGGCGGCUGCAAGAUGGUCUCGUCGAUGUGGCAAAACGCGUACACGCCGCGCUGGGACGGGUGCGCGGUGGAGGUUGCCGACGCGGACCACAUGUCCAUCACUCUGCACACGGGCGACGAGGGCGAGCAGAAGCUGGCGUUCGUGCGCGCAGUGCUGCCCGAGCUGCUUCGGUGGGACAACCCGUCUUCGCCGUCGCACGGCUUCCACAGAGCGAUGGCGAUCUGCGGCGUCGACCCCGAGGACGCAUCCACUUCGGCCGUCGAGGCGCUGCUCGAGGUGCUGCAUCACACGCAGGGCACCGUGUUGCUGGACCAGCUGCUGCUGCUCGCGCCGCUCCUCCUCCUCGGCAGCUGGCAGGCGGGCGGCGGCCACGGCUCCGCCACGCUGCUGCUCGGAGGCGCAGUUCUGCUCGUCCUCUUCGUCCGCCUCACCUACCUUGGCGUCUUGCAGUGAGCGGCCGAUUCUCGGGCGAGAGCUCGGCGCGUGCAAAUUAAGUGGCGUGAGUCGGACUGAGGUGAGCUGGCUCGCGGCGUGAGCGGUGGAUCGUGGAUCUGGAUGCCCCCCGUUAAUAAAUCGGCGCGCUCGUGUUUCCCCCUCAGACUAGGGUGUAGGGGGCACGCCGCAUCGGCAUGAUU